GGAAAGUCGCUGGCAUUUCCAUCUUCUGAGAGUGCUUUGAAUUCUCCCAACUGUUCCUGCUGUGGGUGUUAGAAACAGGAAGAGGAUUAAUAAAGCUCCAUGAAUUAUGGAUCUCCUGCUUCUGCUUCUGAUGCUGCUUUUGUCCCAUCCAGUCUCUGGAAAGCUUAGAAGGAAAUGCCGGCUGAGUUUGGAGCACCAGGAUGGAGAACAACCAUGGAGCUUUUACAGGCCAGGAGACUAUCUCGUUGGUAUAGUCGUAACUGAAAAAAUAAUGUUGCUUCAAACAUUGCCUUUUGACAGUCCUCCUUCUAUACCUUCUCAUUCUACUUUUUUUUAUGGCUUUUUAAACACCCUACCAUUAAUUUAUGCUGUUCAACUGGUCAACAAGAAUUCCCAGCUCCUUCACAACCUCACACUGGGCUGCAACAUCCAUGACAACUAUUCAAACACUUUCCGCACUUCAGAUGCCUUGCUGGACAUGCUCUCCACUGGAGAAGCCAAUGUCCCCAACUACGGCUGUGGAAGGAAGGAGAACCUUCUGGCUCUUUUUGAUGGCGCUCAGAAGGACAUCUCCAGCCAGAUGUCAACAUUAGCAGACACCUACAAAGUCUCACAGGUUUGUAAUUCUCAGCUCCUUCACAAUCUCACACUGGGCUACAACAUCCAUGACAACUAUCUGAAUACUUUACGCACUGCAGAUGCCUUGCUGGACAUGCUCUCCACUGGAGAAGCCAAUGUCCCCAACUACGGCUGUGGAAGGAAGGAGAACCUCCUGGCUCUUCUUGAUGGAGCUAGCAGAGAGAUCUCCAUCCAGGCGUCAACAUUAGGAGGCACCUACAAAAUCCCACAGAUCAGCCGUACAAUUGUUUCAGAAGCUCUGAGUGAUAAAAGGAAUUUCCCCUUUUUCCACCAGAUGAAUCCCAAAGAAGGAUUCCAGUACUCAGCAAUUGUCCAGCUGCUCCUCCAUUUCAGAUGGACCCUGAUUGGCCUCUUUGCUUCAGACACAGAAAAUGGAGAGAAUUUCAUGAGGAUUUUUCCUCCUGUGCUUGUCAGGAGUGGAAUUUGUGUGGUUAUAUCACAACUGUUCUCAACAACUGGAUACACAACAGCCCUCAGGGAUUCCCUCUCUAAGUGGAGACAAGUCAACGUCUUUGUUCACUUCAUAGAACUUGAUUCCAUUUGGGACAGAAUCCUUCCUUUCCAUUUAACAUUUAUGCGUCUGCCAGGACCCAUUGAAGGGAAAGUCUGGAUCUUCACAAAUUUUGCAGCGUAUCCAAUGAACAAGCGCAGACUUCUAAAAUACAUCGACAAACGUCUUUUCUGUCAAAGGCCGCAGAAGAUGCACCCAGAAAGCCCCAAUGGAGACCCAAUGGAAAAGGAACAGAGGAAGGCUCCCAAAUGA